AAAAAAAAAAAAAAAAUAUUAAUGUAUCAUUUCGUAACCUUAUUUUAUUUUUUUGUACUUCUUUUAUCUCUUCUUUAUCUACUUUUUAUACACUACAUAGAAUAAUAGCAUGCGUAUAAGGUUUCAUGAACAAAGUUUAAUAGUUUUAUGGGUAGCUAUUUUACUUGUUCAAGAAAUUAGAGCAGAACUGUUUUGUGAUCUAUUCGAUAUUUGUCCAUCUACAACAACCACAGUAUCAAUCGCUUUAUCUACUAGUGCUCAUAUUCCUUCUUCUGCAACGUCUGCAGCACAAUUACCUUCUCCUUCUCAAACAGUAUCAAGUCAAAGUUCACUAACAUCUAUAUCUGCUACAUCAUCACUUAUUAUAUCUUCAACGAACACAAAAAUAUCUACUAUAGCAAGCUCAAGUCGAUCAAAUCAAACUCCAACGAGUAUUAUUACUACCACUGCUACUACUCCUGCUGCUUCAACAAAGUCUAGUUCAACUGCUACAGAGGGUUCAAGUCUUUCUGGUACCAUCACUACAACAGCCUCUCCGACGCAAUCAUUAUCAAAGGAACCUAAGGAAGAUAAUAAUAUUGGAGUCAUUGUUGGAUCUGUUUGUGGGUUUUUAGCUAUUAUUGGUGCAGGCUUUGCAUAUGCCUUCUUUUCGAAAACGAGACGAAACAAUCGUAAGAAACGUGUUUACAGUAGUGACAUUGGAGAUUAUGGUGAACAUGAUCCAUUUAAUAAUACACGACUUUCUCCUAUGGCAGUAACCGAUGAUGCAUGGAUGGAUUCUACCUAUAAUAACAAUAAUAAUAAUAAUAAUAGUAAUAAUAAUUCUACAAUGAUUCCUCCUUCUCCACAACCACCUAUGGCUGCAAUUCCAAAACAGCAUGAUAUGUAUUAUAAUAAUACAACUUAUAUUGAUCCUUACUAUAAUGGUCAACAGCAUGCUUAUUAUGAGCCUAAUGCAAUUACAAUGGGUUAUCAACCUCAAUUUCAACAAUAUGAUCCGUAUCUUAUUCAGCAUCCACCUAUGACUACUAUGCAUUCAUCUAUAAUGCCUGCAACAACAAAUUCUACCGUUUAUUCAGCUCCUCAUACAUAUGAUGUAGAAGAGGGCAAGAAGAAAACGACAUCAAGCCAUACUACUAAUAAUAAUAUUACAACGGCAAUGACUUGAUACUGUAAGCAGAUGAAAUAAGAUGUACUCCUUCCUCUUGUUAUUUUUAUUAUCCUUAUUUCUCCCUCUUUUUUUUUCCUAUCUCCUUCCUCCUUCCUCCCUUUAUAUAAACAUAUACAUAUAUAAUUACUAUUUAUAAACUAAUAUUAUAUACAUACACACACACACACUCUCUCUCUCUCUCUCUCUCUCUCUCUCUCUCUUUCUCUCUCUCUCUUUCUCUCUUAUUUAUGAAUAAAGUAG